CAUGCAUUUACAGCGUUCACCAUCAUCCAUCAUUCAUUGUUCCACUGAUUUUCUCAUCAGCAUCACUCGCAUCCAGAACACGAAAUUUGUAUAAAAAAAGUAUUUUGGGAGUUUUUCGUGUCUUUAAUCCUUCAUUCUCAUAGAUAAACAUACGCAAUAGCGAAAAAUGGCCCGUGGACACCAGAAGAUCCAGUCGCAGCAGAAGGCUCAGGAAAAGGCAGCCAAAAUGAAGAAACAGCAGGGACACGGAUUGAGCGACCAAAUGAAAGCCGCCCAGAAGGCGCUCGUGUUCUCCUGUGCGGUGUGUAAAUCGCAGAUGCCCGACCCCAAGACCUACAAGCAGCACUUCGAAAACAAACAUCCCAAGUCGGAACUGCCAGCUGAGUUGAAGGAAAUUUAACCGGGACCGGACCGGAGAAUGCUGGUGGUUGGUGGGAGGAGGAAGUCGAUGUCGGUCGGUCGAUACGACACAGCUGCAGCAGCGGAUGGUGGCGGAGAGAGAUACCGAGACAAACAAACACACACACAACAAAGGAACAGAUGCUGAGCCGAGAUAAAUAAUUCCACAAGAUUUUUUUUUCGCGUAAUUUUACUUUAUUGUAAUGUUUGCAAUAAUUUGUAUGUACAUGUGUAGAUUAGAUCCAACCGAAGAAGCUUAGCAAGAUUUAGAAUUACUGAGAAUGGUCGUAGAUGGAGUUAGGUGCAUUUGUCAGGGGUCGAGUCGCAUUUGAAAUCUGGCAUGACAGUUUUCGGUUGGAUGCGUUGAAGAAAUUGCUGAACAAAGAGUAUUCAAUAAAUUUUUAAAUUGCAAACAAA